GGAGUAGAUCAGGUUGCAGUGGGAGAACUUUCACAGCACGAAAAAUCCCAGCAGCCUGGCUUUUGUGCAACAGGACAUUUUCAAUAUUAUUUCUGGUGCACCUCUGCCUCCUCUUAGCUCUCCACCAUGAAGAUACUGGCUCUGGGAUUUUGCAUACUGGCUCUGCUGGCAUUAGGAAAGGCUCAAGGAAGCAAUAGCCCUACUGUCACUACGCCUGAGACUUCAACCACCUCUCCAGCCACAUCUACAACCGUCACCACAACCACUACUACAACCGCCACCCCAUUCAGUACUGCAAGUGGUGCGACCACCCCUACAACAACGUCUAAAAUCACUUCCCCUACUACAAGUGGUACGACCACCCCUGCAUCAAUGGCUACAACCACCUCUCCAGCCACAUCUACAACCGUCACCACAACCACUACUACAACCGCCACCCCAUCCAGUACUGCAAGUGGUACAACCACCCCUACAACAACAGCUAAAUCCACUUCCUCUACUGCAAGUGGUACGACCACCCCUACAACAACAGCUAAAUCCACUUCCUCUACUGCAAGUGGUACGACCACCCCUACAACAAUGGCUACAACCACCUCUCCAGCCACAUCUACAACCGUCACCACAACCACUACUACAACCGCCACCCCUUCCAGUACUGCAAGUGGUACAACCACCCCUACAACAACAGCUAAAUCCACUUCCUCUACUGCAAGUGGUACGACCACCCCUACAACAAUGGCUACAACCACCUCUCCAGCCACAUCUACAACCGUCACCACAACCACUACUACAACCGCCACCCCUUCCAGUACUGCAAGUGGUACGACCACCCCUACAACAAUGGCUAAAACCACCUCUCCAGCCACAUCUACAACCGUCACCACAACCACUACUACAACCGCCACCCCUUCCAGUACUGCAAGUGGUACAACCACCCCAACAGCAACGGCUACAACCAUUUCCCCCACUGCAAGUGGUACAACCACCCUUACAGCAACGCCAAGAGACACUUCCCCAGUUACCACCACAACCCUUUCUGUGACCACUGCUACAAUCACCACCCCAAUCAUUACUGCAAUUUCAAAUACCACCAUGAAUACAACCACCUCGCCAAAGACAACUAUGACAAUGACAACCAACAAAAAACACCACCCCACACAGUGGAGGCCCAGACAUCAAAGCUUUUCUGCUGUUUUCUGUUGUGCCAUCUUUGCUCUACACGCUCUGUCCCUGAAAAGUAACUGA